AUAUUUUUCUUCUUCUCAUUCUGAAUCCUAUCUUCAAUUAUGGAGAUACGGAGCUUGAUUGUUUCUUUGAACCCUAAUUUCUCUUCCUUGGAGCUCUCUCGCCCUGUAUCUCCUCUCACUCGCUCACUCGUUCCCUUCCGAUCGACUAAACUAGUUCCCCGCUCCAUUUCUAGGGUUUCGGCGUCGAUCUCCACUCCGUCCUCUGACACUGACAAGAUCUCCGUGAAACCUGUUUACGUCCCGACGCCUCCCAAUCGUGAGCUCCGGACUCCUCACAGUGGAUACCAUUUCGAUGGAACAGCUAGGAAGUUCUUCGAGGGAUGGUAUUUCAGGGUUUCAAUUCCAGAGAAGAGGGAGAGUUUUUGCUUUAUGUAUUCUGUGGAAAAUCCUGCAUUUCGCCAGAAAUUGUCACCAUUGGAAGUGGCUCUUUAUGGACCUAGAUUCACUGGUGUCGGAGCUCAGAUUCUUGGCGCUAAUGAUAAAUAUUUAUGCCAAUAUACACAAGAGUCUCAAAACUUCUGGGGAGAUCGACAUGAGCUAGUUUUGGGGAAUACUUUUAGUGCUGUGCCUGGCGCAAAGUCUCCAAACACGGAGGUGCCACCAGAGGAAUUUAACAGAAGGGUGUCCGAAGGGUUCCAAGCUACCCCAUUUUGGCAUCAAGGUCACAUUUUCGAUGAUGGCCGGACUGACUAUGCGGAAACUGUGAAAUCUGCUCGUUGGGAGUAUAGUACUCGUCCUGUUUACGGUUGGGGUGAUGUUGGGGCUAAACAGAAGUCUACUGCAGGCUGGCCUGCAGCUUUUCCUGUAUUUGAGCCUCAUUGGCAGAUAUGCAUGGCAGGAGGCCUUUCCACAGGGUGGAUAGAAUGGGGCGGUGAAAGGUUUGAGUUUCGGGAUGCACCUUCUUAUUCAGAGAAGAAUUGGGGUGGGGGCUUCCCAAGAAAAUGGUUUUGGGUCCAGUGUAAUGUCUUUGAAGGGGCAAGUGGAGAAGUUGCUUUAACCGCAGGUGGCGGGUUGAGGCAGUUGCCUGGAUUGAGUGAGACUUAUGAAAAUGCUGCACUGGUUUGUGUACACUAUGAUGGAAAAUUGUACGAGUUUGUUCCGUGGAAUGGUGUUGUUAAGUGGGAAAUGUCUCCCUGGGGUUAUUGGUAUAUAACUGCAGAAAAUGAGACCCAUAUGGUGGAACUAGAGGCAAGAACAAAUGAAGCGGGUACACCUCUGCGUGCUCCUACCACAGAAGUUGGGCUAGCAACUGCUUGCAGAGAUAGUUGUUACGGUGAGUUGAAGUUGCAGAUAUGGGAACGGCUAUAUGAUGGAAGUAAAGGCAAGGUGAUAUUAGAGACAAAGAGCUCAAUGGCAGCGGUGGAGAUAGGAGGAGGACCGUGGUUUGGGACAUGGAAAGGAGAUACAAGCAACACCCCCGAGCUACUCAAACAGGCUCUUCAGGUCCCAUUGGAUCUUGAAAGCGCCUUAGUGAUGAUGUGCCAUACGGGAAGAGAUAAUUCAUGGAAAAAACUAGAGAACAUAGACGAAGAAGGUCCAGCGGCGGUGGCACGUGAAGUGAAGACGGCGUUACCACCGGAGACGCCAACGGAGACGAUGGAGUUUUUGGGGAGAUCAUGGAGCAUUUCCGCUGUCGAACUCACAAGAGCUUUCUUCAACAAUUCCACUGCCGACACCAACUCUUUUCUUCUAUCUACUAUUGUUAACACCAACAAAGAAGACAGAGAAGAUGAAGAAGAUUCUACUUCCAUGGCUUCUUCUCGUGACCUUCAUUUGUACAAGAGCAUGAUAAGAGGAAGAACAAUGGGAAGAAGAUUAAAGGAUCAGAAGGAGAAGAAGAAACAAGAGACCCGAACUCGCAACGCUGAGAUUCACGCCGCGGUCUCUGUCGCAGGAGUAGCUGCGGUUGUAGCCGCAACCGCAGCAACUAACGCUAUAGCGGCUGCAGAGCAUGCGGUUGAAUCAACCACCGUUGCAGCUGCGGUGGCGUCUGCAGCUGCUCUUAUCGCUUCACAUUGCAUCGAGAUAGCGGGAGAGAUAGGGGCGGGUUAUAACCAGAUUGCCACGGCUGUUAGCUCCGCGACCAACGCCAGGACUAACGGAGACGUUAUGGCUUUAACGGCAAGUGCUGCUACAGCGUUGCGAGGAGCUGCGAUUCUAAGGUCAAGAAUGGAAAGGAAUAACGAGAACAAAGCAAUGUUAUAUGCAACAAAGGAGCACGUAGAAUUGGAAGAGAGAAAUGUAUUUGGAGCUAUGACUUUUGUGUCUAGAGGAGAAGAGCUUCUCAAACGCACCCGCAAAGGGGAUCUUCAUUGGAAGCAAGUAUCUUUUAACAUCAAUUCAAAUUGGCAAGUGGUUCUUAAAAUGAAGAGCAAACAUGUGGGUGGAACUUUCACAAAGACGAAGAAAUGCGUUGUCAAUGGAGUGUGCCGAGAUAUACCCGAAUGGGCACAUAGAGGACGAGCAGAAAAAAUGGUGGAGCGAAGAGCCUACUUUGGGGUGAAAACAGUGGAAAGGGUGAUUGAAUUCGAAUGUGGAAACAAAAGAGAGAAGCAAAUGUGGAUAGAGGGGAUUCAACAGCUGCUUAACUCACUUGAAAUCGGUUCUAGUGUUCACUGGAAACAUUAGGGUUUGGAUCAACUUGAAACACUAUUUCACAUUUGAACAUCAUGUGAUAUGAAGAUUGAACUUGUCGGUUUCACGUGCGUGUGUUUAAAAAAUUAUGUUUGUGUCUGGUGGUAAUAUUUUCGAUAUCUGUAUUUUCUUGUGUAUCAAGUUACUUGUUAAGAAUGCCAAUAUAUCAUGAGAUCUUAA